ACCUUCAUAGGGGCGCGUCUCCGACACAGCCGCCGACCAAUAACCCGUCUGUCUGGGCAGAGACUGAGGGGAUGAGCGCUUGUCCAGGCCCAAUCAGCGCUUUUGUGUUGCCUGCCGGUGCCGGGAACUGAUCGUGAAGAGCUACUGCAGCGCUUCAGGAUCGGAAAGUGAACCCGGAGACAGAGGAACCUGAAGGGUAAAGGCAAGUAAGAAAUGUCAGUGACAUUGGCCUGCCUGCGUCCGUAUUUGUGACUCCUCCUCCAACUUGACGCUGGAUUGCACAGCAGGGAUGGAGCGGAUGUCUGAGGAGGCGCUGCGUCUGAACCUGCUGAAGCGGGGUCUGGAGGUGGCGGACGAGCGGGAGGAGGCGCUGGCCAAGCGUCUGAAGGUGGAGGGCCACGAGGCCAUGGAGCGGCUGAAGAUGCUGGCUCUGUUGAAGCGGAAGGAUUUGGCUGUGCUGGAGGGCGCCGCCAUGGCAGCGGCGGCCAUGGCUGAGGGCAAGGGCGCCGGUGGGAGCCAGGCAUUGAUGGGCAUGGCCGCCUAUGAGGAGAAGCUGAACGGCAGCCUGAGGGCAUCAGGCCAUGCCACACCUGGCAAAAACGGCAAAGAGAACAUGCUGGAUGAACCGGUGGACAUGAGCUCCAAGAGAAGCGUGGAGCGUGAGAAACGCACUCCGUCUCCGGAUGUGAUCAUCCUGUCAGACAACGAAGCGUCCAGCCCGCGGAGCAGCCCACACCCAGAGGAGCGACCCCACCGUCCCAACCUGGACAUGUUCAAGGGGAAGACUGGUGAGGAGAGGCAGCAGGUGAUCAAAGCCCUGCGGGAGGAGCUCAGGUUGGAGGAGGCCCGGCUGGUGCUGCUCAAGAAGCUUCGGCAGAGUCAGAUGCAGAAGGAGAAUGUAGUGCAGAAGGUUCCGGUAGUCCAGAAUGCCCCCUCCUCUGUUCAACCUUCUCCAAUCCACAGCUCACAGAGUCUGAGCAAACUGCCCACACGACCGGCCAUGCACACCUCUGAGCCCCAGAACCUCCGCACAGCACAGGGCCACACGGUGAUCAGGUCCGCAGCCAGUGCCUCCCUUCCGCCCAUGAUGAUGUCCCAGCGGGUGAUAGCCCCGAACCCAGCCCAGCUACAGGGUCAGAGAGUACCCUCCAAGUCCAGCAUGACCCGUCCCUCCACAGGGGGCAUGAGCAAUGCGGUGAACUACCAGCAGGCUGCCAGCCAGCAGGUGGCGGCCUCGCAACGCUCCAGCUCCUCCACGGCCAUCUACAUGAACCUGGCCCACAUGCAGGCGGCGGCGGCGGGUGUGAGUGGUGUGGGGGCCGUCAGCCCCUCCACACUGUCCAGCAGCUCCAGCGUGGCUGGGGUGGGCGCAGUGGGGGACCAGGCCAGCAGCCAGGCAGCCGCCAAACUAGCACUGCGGAAACAGUUGGAGAAGACGCUGCUGGAGAUCCCCCCACCCAAGCCGCCCGCGCCCCUUCUCCAUUUCCUGCCCUCGGCCGCCAACAGCGAGUUCAUCUACAUGGUAGGGCUGGAGGAGGUGGUGCAGAGCGUCAUCGACAGCCAGGGUAAGAUGAGGGGGUCCAUGUCCCGAAUGGAACCGUUCUUCUGCGCCCAGUGCCGGACUGAUUUCACCCCCCACUGGAAGCAGGAGAAGACUGGGCGCAUCCUGUGUGAGCAAUGCAUGACCUCCAACCAGAAAAAGGCUCUGAAGGCAGAGCACACCAACAGGCUGAAGAACGCCUUCGUCAAGGCUCUGCAGCAGGAGCAGGAGAUAGAGCAGAGGCUGCAGCAGCAAGCCACUCUGUCCCCAAGCUCCACCCAGACUGUACCCACCGUCGGCAAGGCUGAGAGCAUUAUCCGACACCAAGCCCUCCGACAGGCCCCGCAGCCUCAAGCUCAGGCCCUGCAACGGGGACUGUCCAGCUCGGCAAGGGGCGUUCUCUCCAACUUUGCCCAGGCCUCCCAGCUGUCUGUGGCCAGCGGCUUGUUGGGCAUGAGCAGCAAGCGCUGUGGGGGAGGGGCCAUCAGUCCUGGGGGCGGAGCCAGCAGCCGGACACAGCACGAGAGCCGUCGGCAGAUCUAUAACAUCCCUGGCCUCAACAUUGCCUAUCUGAACCCGGGGGGCAUGGCAGGCCACAAGGCAUCCAGCCUAGCAGACCGACAGAGGGAGUACCUGCUGGACAUGAUCCCCCCGCGCUCCAUAUCUCAGUCCAUCACUGGGCAGAAAUGAGCUGCAGCAGACCGCCGGGCUUCUUCUGGAUGCCCCCAUGCACACACACUUGCUUGCACGCACACACACAAACCCACCUACACAUGUACAUGAUCAUUCACACACACAAAUAAAAGAACACACACACACACAGUCUGCAACCAUCACCCCCGUCGCAUGCAGUGCCUGUCCGUGUGCCUAUCCAACUAACCUAUGAGAACGACUCAGCCAGCCAGAUGGUGAACACCAGUUUGUCAGUGCAUCUCAACUUCCAUUUCCAACUAUAGAAAAGCUCUUUAUUUCAACUUAUUAUUACUGUUGUUUAUUAUUAUUAUUAUUAUUAUUAUUAUUAUUAUUAUUAUUAUUAUUACUUCUGUUACAGGUAUUCUUAUUAUGAUUAUUAGUAGCUGUAGUAGUUUUUUUGCCUAUUUUUUUCUUUCUUGAGAGACGGGGUUAGAUUGCAGGGUCACUUGAAAUUUUGUUUCCCUUUUCCUUCUAAGCUUUCUCCCUUUUGCACCCUGUAAAAUGAUGAACAGUUGCUCUCAUGUUAUGAAAGCCCUUCUGUUCGCUAAUGCAGCUGCCAUUGAAGCGUAUUACUCUAGCUAUGCUGUCAGAACAGGAGCAGUUUGGCAAGGCCGUGCUCUGGGGCCAUAGUGUUCGCGGCAAACACGCUGUGUAACUGCCGCCUCUUCGGGAAGAGUCCACAGAGACGGAGGUCGAUGGUGAGAGACUUUCCUGGCAGACUGACCAAUGCACUUGCGAGGUCCCCAUGUUGUCUUGGGCAGGCGAGGGGUCCAUGGGCAGCCUCGUUCCCCCCACCAUCGCUGCUGAAGGAGGCUCAUGUAUGGGCUGCAAGGCGCCCACAGAGGAAGAGCCAGGAAUGGCAGGGGCAUCGUGGAGGGCCAGUGGUCACACUGCGUCUCCGGGUGUGGCUAGCAUGCGCUGUCACCUGCAUCCCCUCAAGACCCCCACUGUCACAAGAUGCCCUGACCCUGGCACCCUGAGAGUGCCUCCCCCGGUGGCAUGGUGUGUUGGUCUGCGGAAGAAGGAAGUGAACCACAGAGUUCCAUCACCAUGAACUUUAUUCCCCUUUGAGUAUUAAAGUCUCUUCUUUUUUUCUUUUUGGCGGCGUCUUCUACUGAAACGGUUGCGUACCUGAAAGGUACGUACCACAGGAGACGAUAAUCAUCAAAACAGUAGUUGGAAACUAUUAAAAUAUCUAUAUGGUUCAUGUGUAGAUUCUUAGUAGAAGAACGUUUAAGAGGAGAUGCAUAUAUCUUUAAUGGCAUAGACCAGGAUCAAUCAAGCAUGUUGGAGCAAUGCACGCAGUGUGCCUCCUUCACAGGGGGUGCUUUUUCUCCACGAGAACAAAAAAAAGGAAAGGGGGAACCUUUAAAAAUAUAGGAAUGCUGGAGCUGCCGGGCUCCUGAGGUAUAGAUGCCAGCAGAGAGUCUCCGCGAGAGUUAGGAGAGAGACCGCCACAUGUUGUGCAGUGGUCGUAGACAGGGCCUGGACUCAUUGCCCUUCUGGCAUGGUGCCGUGGUCACUGAUGCAGUGACUCCACUUCAGCGCCGUCCUGGCCUACCUUGCUUUUCAUUUCAGCACAGGCUAAAGUGAGGCAGAAGGUGAAUCAAUGCUCAAGGUGGCAGCAUUAACAGUGUUUGAUCAGUAUGCAGUAUUAGCAAUCAGGUGGGUUCUGCUGUAGAUUUGGGAUCAGAAUCAAAGCGCUUUGUCUCUGUUUAUUAAGACAUUCAGAUGAUGUUGUCCUUUCCUCACUCACAUAGUGAAUAAGCACUUGACUGACUCCUGUCAGCUGCAUCAUUGCAGCGGUAUGAAUAGCUUUUUCAGGAAGAUGGGCUAGUGUGAUUAGCUUGCUCAUCGAUCAUAGUUACAUGAAUAUUUAAAGAUUAUCAGAUUUGGGGGCACACUGCAAGUUUGGGCUCUUACAAUGACCAUUCCGUUCCUCAAGCCUUAAAAUGUACCUCUUAGCAGUCGGACACACAGGUCUGUGUGGUGAUGGAGAUCAGCAGUAGGAGCUGGGCUGGUGACGAGCUCCGGUCUCUGUGGAGUUGUGGUUGGAUGUCAGCCUGGUCAGUUCGGUUGUACUGUUUCGAAGGCUAUAUGUCAUGUUAUUGCUUUUGAUGGAAUGAUGCAACUUUUAAAUAAGUAAUUGAAACUACCUUGGCUUUGAUUCGCAGGUGCAAUAUUAGGUGGUAGAAAGUUUAUGCUUAGAAAAGAUUAUCUAGAUUCUACUUUUACUCACAAUUAAUCACCCCCCCCCCCCUUUAGUAAAAGCAUUGAGUUGAUUUUUCAUUCUAAUUUGUGUUUUCUGUCCUCUUGAAGCAAAUGCAGGACUUGUACAGUCGCUCUUCUCACUCUCCUACUCUCUGCCAGACUGGAAUGGAUGCUUCUAUAUACCUUUGUUGAGAUCGACCGGUUAGAUUUUGAAAUGUCAUUUUCUAGGAAUUUUAAAUAUUAAACUUACUUUGAUGACUCCUCAAUUAAGUUCAGUUUGGUUUGUUAUUUAAUUUGCGAUCUUUCAUACAAAAAAGAAAAUCAAAUAUAAUCUAAAAAAAUAAUGACCACCCAAUAUUUGCUAGAUCAGAAGUAAUAAUCACAUUGUACAGAUACUUUUUUUUUUCUCUCCCUUGAAUUAAAAAAAUAAAAUUAAAAUGGUUGUAUAUUGUGUAGAGAAGCAAACAAAAAGCCAUGAAUAUUGUGAAGCUUGUCAUUUCGUUUUGUGAUCACUGUGUAUUAUUGUGUAACAAAUGUGCAAAAUGUACGGGAUUAUACUUCUCUUGUUUUUGAAUGAGCUCUUUUUCAGUGCAUUCUCCCUGGCUGUAUGUUUUUGUAGUCUGUAGUAUUUACGAAAGGGAAAAGAAAAAGUCCUGGUGGAGUGUUUGGUUCAUCCUGCAGUCUUUGGUCUGAGACAUGAUGGAAUCCUUUUGUAUGUUACCUUUUGUGUGUUGCAUUUUUGUCAAUAACACUGAAGUUAAACCAAUGUUCAGUGAAUACACUUAUUUCUGUAGGUAUCCCAUGCAAAGUGCCAGCCUCCCAUGACCUGUAGUGGAUCAGACAUUUGACAGUAUUAACCCACACCUGACCAAACCCCAAGCACUCGCCUGUAGAUGCGAAAUAAGACAUUACCACACAUUACCUUCAGUUAUCUUGAGUUGAAUUACAGGGUGGCAGUUACCCUUUUGGGAGAAUAUGUAAAUUUCUACUUCACCUGAUAUAAAAGCUUUCUUCAGUAUGCCUCUUACUCAUGUUUUCCCCCUAGUGGGAAAGUUUGCAAUGCUCUUAUUUUGUUUUUCAUGAAAAAUUGUACACAUUGUAUACAUCUACAUUUUAAAGAAAACCUUUGUUUUGACUGUUGUUAUGCUUUCAGUUUAGUCAAAUCUUAAGAGUGGGACAAUUUUGCACACUUUCGAGUAUUGAAUAUAAAGAUUGUGACAUUCUUAGAUAUUCUUUCAGGUUUCACCAUCAGAGUAAGAGUCCAUAAUUUUCCUGAUUGGACAAUCAGCUUUUCUGGAGAUGAGCAUUUUAGCACUGGGGUUUGUGUCUCUCCACUGUGUGAUGUCACUCUAGAAGCCACAUCAUUGUUUCAGUACUUUGUCAUUCUUGUGUUUAUAUGAAUUUUUUUUCCCUCUUAUUUGUAAUUUGUUGCAAUAUAUUAUUUGUUGAAGUGGGAGACUAAGGCUUGGGUCAUAUUUACUUUGAUUUUUAAUUUUCUUACAUUUUGAAUCUUUUUUUUUUUUUUUUUUUUUUUUUUUACAUAUAUCUGCAAUUCCACCAGUUUUAAUAUUCAGAACUUGGCAAUAUGUAAAUCUGUUUUGUUAAAUAAAAAAAAACUAUAAUUGAGUUUUUAAAAAAGUAUUAAUUAUAUGAACAACUGGGUAUUGGCUUAAACAAAUGAAUUUGAAUCAAGGCUAAGAAAAGUGCUUUUUGUCAAGUUUUUAUUUUCAUUUGGAAAAUUUAAUCCAGACCUUUUGCACAUCCUUGAUAUUUAACUGUCUAAAAAUGGAGAUGAAAUGGGGAAAAAAAAUGCUGUUUGAUUACUGCCGGUUGAUUAACAACAAUUAUGCAUUGACUGAAAAAAUAAGCUAAUUUUGGAGGAAAUAACUUUGUAAUAUUUAUCUCUUGCAAGCUAUGUUUAAUAAAGGAUGGAACAGUUUA